GCGCACUGGGCGUGCCCGCGCCACCGCCCAUCAGCUGAGGACUCGCUGCUCGGAGCCGUGGGGCCCGCGGGUGACAGUGGCCGGAGAAGGAGGCGGAGGAGGAGGAAGCCGAGGGGCGUGGGGUGACUGUGUAGAAAACCACGUGCCCACAGUCAUCUGAUGAACUUCGUGAGCCAGUGUGGCAGCCAUGUCUUACACUCCAGGGAUUGGUGGGGACCCCACCCAGCUGGCUCAGCGCAUCUCCUCCAACAUCCAGAAGAUCACACAGUGCUCUGUGGAAAUCCAGAGGGCUCUGAAUCAACUUGGGACACCUCAGGAUUCCCCUGAAUUGAGGCAACAGCUGCAACAGAAGCAGCAGUAUACUAACCAGCUUGCCAAAGAAACAGAUAAAUAUGUUAAAGAGUUUGGCUCCCUGCCCACUACCCCCAGUGAGCAGCGGCAAAGAAAGAUCCAGAAGGACCGCUUAGUGGCCGAGUUUACAACGUCCCUGACAAACUUCCAGAAGGUCCAGAGGCAAGCGGCUGAGAGAGAGAAGGAGUUCGUUGCUCGAGUAAGAGCCAGCUCCAGAGUAUCUGGUGGUUUUCCUGAAGACAGUUCAAAAGAAAGGAAUCUUGUAUCCUGGGAAAGCCAGACACAACCCCAGGUACAGGUACAGGAUGAGGAAAUUACAGAGGAUGACCUUCGCCUUAUUCAUGAGAGAGAGUCUUCCAUCAGGCAACUUGAGGCUGAUAUUCUGGACAUUAAUGAAAUAUUUAAAGACUUGGGAAUGAUGAUUCAUGAACAAGGGGACAUGAUUGACAGCAUAGAAGCCAAUGUAGAAAACGCAGAGGUGCAUGUUCAACAGGCAAAUCAGCAGCUGUCAAGAGCAGCAGAUUACCAGCGCAAGAAUAGAAAAACCCUGUGCAUCAUUAUUUUCAUCCUGGUCAUUGGGAUUGUGAUCAUCUCUCUCAUCAUAUGGGUAUUGAAAGGCCAAGGUUAAGGAGUGGUACAUUGCAUUGCAUUGUCUAAAUUAUGAAGGAAGAUCCCUAUAAUCAUGUUUUUAUUCUUGUUGUGACUUGUUGUAUAAAAGAUGAUUCCCAUACUUUGUUAUUUUACUGGGUUAAUUUCCUUUGGAUUAAAUCUGGUUAUUUUCUAAUACUGAAGGUUUCAGUUGCUGGCAUAACUUACAAACUUUUCAUUUCAAUAACUGUUGGAUUUUGUUCACAUUGUAUAUGCCUUUCAUUUAUAAUUUAUUUACAUUGCUUGAUUUAGUUUUUUGAAUUACUGGAUUUGAAAGUAUGUGUUUGUUCUGUGUACAUCUUUGUUACUGUAUAAAAUAAAUCCAGAUUUGUGUUAUUUUAUUAAAUAUUGUAUAAUUUCAUUUCAAUUUGGCUGUCAAAUAUUCUUAAUAGCAAAAAUUAAUACGUCUAUCUCUUUUUUUUCUUCUGGUUCAGAUUAAGAUUAUGUAAUUUUUAUUAAUUGCACUUUUUAAAGAUUUACUUUCUUUGAAUAAAAUCAGUGAAUGAUUUCCUAACAUGUAUCAUGCACUUGAUGUGUAAAUAAGCAUUUGCUAUGGAUUACCUAGAAAGGUACUAAGAAUAGAUUGUUUUGUUCUAUUUAAGUCUGAUGUGUACUAGGGAAAGUGAAGUUACUAUAAAUGUGCAUUGUAAUUUGGAGAAAGAAUAUGGAAAAUCCAUGUCUAUUAUAUUUGGAAUAUAACAACUCCAACUUCUUAUUCCACAUAACAUUCUUAACAGUUUGGUCUGAUUUUAUGAGCCAUUAUUUACAUGCUGUUAUGUCCUGUAAAAGAAUGAUUAACCAUGUUUCUUUAGAUCUAACUUGGUUUUAAGAAGUAACUUUAUGGUAGUUAUGUUUUUGAGCAACUAAUACUUAAAAGUAUUGCUUAUGUUGAGUACAUCCUUGGUUACAUAAUGAAUUGGAUAUUUACCAAUGGACUCACUUGCCUUCUUAUAUCAAUGUUAUUUCUGUAUACUAAUCUGAAUCUGUAAAGAGAGACUACUUUGUUUAUAGUUUGUAUUUUAUAAUGUUCUUCUUCAUCAGUUUGGUAGUGAAGGCAGUGUUAAUGUGGUGCUCUGAGAUUUCAAGGGGAACAAGUGAAAUAUUAACUAAGUUAGUUGUAUCCUUGAUACCAAAAUAAAGAUGACUUGUAAGGAGCUUGGAUAGGUCUGCUUUCUGAGGACAUCUUCUGUGGGGCCAACACUUACCUCAGACCUCCUCACCUGUACAGCUAGACAUCUUUUUGGAUCAUGAAUUUACUCAAAAGUGUAUUUUGAGGGAUUUGAGUGUUUCUAUUCGCUAAUGUGGCAGGUAUCAGCAAAAUUUUGUUUUCCACAAAAGGGAAAGAGAACUUUUUUGGAAAUGACUGGAAUUUUGAGAGUUUCUAUUGCCAGAAUCAGACAUUUUUCAUGGUCAGGGUGAGCUAUACAAAAAGAGUUCAUGCAAAGACUACCACUUAAGGUCAUUGUAAGCCCACCAGGCCUGUUGGAACGUGGUCUUGUGCAGGUGCCCAUCAGCAUGUGGAGUGCCAUACAGCACACUGGCAGCACAUGACUCAAUCAAAACCCCGGGGGCAUCCACAGAACGGCCUUCCCACAGACCUAUACUUGAUCAAAUGUUUAUCCUUUAUUCUCAUAUAGGCCAAGUGCAUUUACUUACACUUAUUUCAUGGUAUGUUCCCAGCAACAACCAAAAAGCAUUGUGAAAAAUUGGUGCAUGGCUCUAAUAACUUUAUUUAAAAUGUACUCAGAUGGUGCUCAUCAAUCUGUGAUUUAAGAUGAAGUUUUAGUGGCUUACAUUCUUUUAAAAAUUAUUUUUUUCUUUGGUUUUUCUAGGUAGGACCUCAUUCUAGUCCAGGCUGAUCUGGAAUUCACUGCGUAGUCUCAGAUUGGCCUCAAACUCAUAACAGUCCUUAUACAUAUGCCCCCCAAGUGCUGGGAUUAAAGGCACGUCCCAUCAUGCCCAGCUAAAAAGCAUUAAUUUUAAAGGAAAAUUUUUCAUAGAGUUUUAGAACAUAAAACAUAAUCUUGGAGAAAAAACUUAAGUCAAAAAAAAAGUGAAAAAAAAAUACUCUAGGUCAAUUUUAGUCUCUCUCUCCCUCCCUCCCUCUCCCUCUUUCUCUCUCUCUCUUUUGUGUGUGUGUGUGUGUGUGUAGUCGAGGACCCUAGCCCAUGAAAUGGCCUCGUAGUUAAGGUGUGUCCUCCUACCUCAGUUAGCCUGAUAAAAAGACUCCCCCACAGGCCUGCCCACAAGACUGAGAUUAAUCAGCUUGCUCAACUGAAUUGGCAGUGUGGCAUUUAGUAUUUGGCCAUUGCAUCAGUCAGUAAAUAUGAAGAUGAGUGAUAGUAAAAGAAUUAGUUUCCUUGUAAUAUAGUGCAGCAUUUUAAAAAUUGGGCUGGGGUCAUCUCUUUUUAGAAACUGUGGAUACAGGCACAGGUAGAGGCCAGUGCAAAGCAGCAGUGUCAGGAGAGGGCCCUGAGCGCACAGCGCUGUGGCACCUGCGGCAGGGACCAGUGACACCACACCUCGAAGAGUUUGCAACUGGGCUGCUCGUUGUCUUCACGGCUUAUACGAAACAUGGCCCGGUUUCACAUAGGAAAGGCUGUGCUUUGAAUACCAGCUUUUAAAACACAUCUAUAAAGAAACUAACAAUGACUGUGAGGCCUUUUAACCCCUGAAAUAAGUCUGUAGUGUGAGCAAGAAACAUGUACGAUUUCUGUUUCAUGUUGAGAAAUGAAUGUUGAAAACCUGCAGAAAAAAUGAGUCCUCGCCCACCUUGGUAGGGAAGAUCAGUUCACAAGAACGAUCAUUCGUUGGCAGUCGAGCUUUGGGACAGCACAAAGCAUGUUGAUUGGGGAUGUUUGUUGCUGAAUGGUGUUGCAGUUUAUUUAAAUAUGAGAAUUCCUCAGUCGUGUAUAUAAAGAACAUCAGUCAUCUUUCUUUUCUGAAAAAAACUGCUGUAUGUUUUACAAUUCAAUUCAUUAAAACAACAAAAAGUAAAAAUAAAACCACUACCCUGUCA